UCUCCCAAUAUUUUGUUUCCCCCACCACCCUUAUGGUCAUCAGAGACACCACAGCGUCCGCAUGCGUUUACCUUCAAAGACAGUUGCUGCAACAACGAGACGACUGGUCGCCGACGCGGCGGUGAUAAUUUGCGCGGCACACAUCGGCCACUUGGUGAUUGUUUUGGUGAACGGUGAACUCGCCUCUCGGAAUUAACGAGUCCCGCGGAAGAGCAGGAGGAACGGCGAAAGAGCGCACGCGGCUUGGACACCUGUUCGCGCGGUCGAGAUUCCACCGAGGUCCAGUUUCCCUCGAAGCACGACUUGGACGGCUCGUGAAAAUCUCGAUAACGCUUCCUCCUCGUUCCAACGACCGCCGGAAACGUACGCUCCUUUUCGUCGAAGCCUCGUCGUUUGGUCACCGUCUCAGACUCAGAGACGACAAGGAGGACAGCAUGAGGCUCUUCUGCUCGCAGAAGGACGAACCGUCGUCGAAAACAAAGGAUGCCGGCCGAGGGGAAAAGAGAGACUCGAACGGGAACCAGGAAGUGGAUCGUUUCGGAUACUAUCAAACGAUCAUGUUCGCGAUAAUCAGCCUGCCUCUGUUUUUGUCAGCAGGAUUCACGCUCGCUUACGUGUUCACCGCCGGCGGAGUUAAAUACAGGUGUUUGGUGCCAGAAUGCGAGGACGCCGUGGACGCGAGAUUCGACGCGCCGUGGGCAGUCGAUUCGGUUCCCGAUAUCUCGGAGAUGUCCAAGUGCACCCGUUACGUAGUUCGAAAUCAUUCCGGCGAGUGCACGAGUGUUUCGUUCAGCAACGCGACUCGUCGAUGCGACUCCUGGGUGUACGAUCCAACGGAGAACACGAUACUAGACGAGUGGAGCCUCACCUGUGACGUCAAUCGAUGGAAGCUCACUUUGGUGGGCACGAUAAAUAAUGUCGGCCAAUUCGUUGGGCUGAUCUUCGCCGGAUACGUAUCCGACAGAUACGGAAGACGUACGAUUCUGACGCUCACCACGUUCCUAAGCGGAAUCAGCGGCCUGAUACAUUCCUUCUCCGUGAAUUAUUGGAUGUUUCUCGCGUUCGAAUUUAUCGACGCGACUGUUGGAGCUGGCAUCUACAGCGCUGCGUUCAUUUUAGGGAUGGAGAUGGCGGGAGUGAAGGGCAGAGUCCUGGCUAGCACCAUCAUCUGCUGCAUGUUCGCGGUCGGCGAGAUGUUGUUGGGAUUGAUCGCGAUGUGGAUGAGAUCGUGGCGUCUAGUUCUACGGAUGGUGUACGGGCCGGCGUUGCUCGCCAUUUUGAUGCCUUUCCUGAUCCCGGAAUCAGUCAGGUGGCUGUUGGCGAACGGCGAAGACGAAAAGGUGGAGAACAUUUAUCGCAAAAUGGCGCGUAUGAACGGGCUGCAAGUCUCCGAGGAGGCGAUCGGGAAGUUCAAGGCACUGAACAUGGUCAACGCCGACAAGAAAGAGCAGCUGACGGGGGAGAAGAAGAGCCCAGCCAUGCAGAUUCUGGGCAGCUCGGUGAUGAUCACGCGAUUGCUGGCCUGCUCGUUUUGCUGGCUGACCAACACCUUUGUCUAUUACGGACUGUCGUUGAACUCCGUGGCUUUCGCCGGCGACAAAUAUGCUAAUUUCAUACUAGUCGCCGUUGUCGAGAUUCCGGCCUACUUUUUAACUUGGUUCAUGACCGAUUACUUGGGUCGUAAGAUCACCCUGUCGUCGACCUUUUUAUUGAGCGGUGCAUUCUGCCUCGCGAUACAAUUCGUGCCAACAGGUUCGUGGACCUUCUUGCCUCUGAUUCUGUACAUGGGAGGCAAGUGGUGCAUCACGAUGUCCUUUUCCACAGUUUAUAUUUACACGGCGGAGCUGUUCCCUACGAACUUGAGACACUCUCUCCUUGGAAUUUGUAGCAUGACCGGUCGCAUGGGGUCAAUAUUGUCACCGCAAACUCCACUUCUGGCACAAAUCCUGCCCGAGCUGCCGCUGAUUUUGUUCGGAUGCAUGGGCCUGUCCGCGGGACUUCUGUCUCUGAUAUUCCCGGAAACGUUGGGAACGAAACUUCCGGACACGGUGUGGGAGGCGGAGAACGUCGGUAAGGUGCAGCCGAGCCAAGACACGCAGGAUUCGCCGUCUUAAGCGCGCCGAGACGCGCGACGAUCCGCGUCGCGUUCGAUCCAACGGAAAGAGGGGGGAGGGAAAAGAAAGAGGGAGGAAACGAGAAGCUUUUUAAAAGUUCCCGGAAGCGACUAUUGGCGGACCUCGGAAAGCUUGAAACGCGCGAAACUUCAGUAGUAAAAGGAGCUCGACGCGCGAGAACUUUCCUGUCCUGUUGCGUCGCGUUUGAAAAUCGAUGUACAUAGUUCGUUCGCGAUCAAUUUCCCAUAAAAUCGACUCGCGCGUUCGUUAUUCGCCUUUAGCUUGCCACCACGGCGUGUUCGUUUAGCCAAUUUUAUUUUAUCGCGUUCAAUUAUUUCGCAUAGCUGCUCGCCCGUGGUCGACGCGUUCGCGUCGUCCGUCGUCUAGACGUUUCUGCACGAUGCUUAACGUCAAGAGAAAAAUCACAUUGUACUCAGGUAUUUACACAGUAUUGCUGCAUCGAGCAAAUGUAUUAGUUCGUAAUCAUAUCAACCCCGUUUCCUUCUGGUAGACGUAAUUAUGCGUAGGACCGUGCCAUGAUAGAGAAUGUUAUAGAAACGAUAACAGUGAUUUAAUCUUAAUGUACCGUGUCUCGUACGAUGGUUACGUAGCGUACGAAAGUAUGUAGAAUGCAGUGAUUAUCGUGCAAUGGUUUAGAUAGUUAAAUACGAUGUACGAAGAAGAGUAUUUGUCGACGAGACGAGCACCUAAUAACUGAUUUAAUUAUAUUCGAUGCAACGUCAAAAGAAUGUUUUGUCAUCGUGAAGCGUUGGUGGAAUUUCGUGUCGCGAUUUAAUAAUUAUUUGUAAGCAUUUACUUCUUCUUUCCUGGUUGUUGAUGAAGAAUAAAAAAUACAUCGACACGUUCGUACUCCAGUCCCUGAAGCUUAUGGGCUCUGCACUUACAUUUUCGAAGCUAUUUAGUCGAAGGGAACGAAACGGAAAAACAAUGGAUUUAUGGAAAUACAGAAUAUGCAACUAUGUACAUUUCAACGUAUUUCGGCUUUUGUUUCGUAGCCGGCGAAUGUGUUCCACGGGAAAAGAAUAUUGUAAAAAUUGUAAAAAUAACGCGAACACGUUACGUGAAUUUUUUAAUAAGUAUUAUUGUUCAUUGCCACAGAGUAUUAACUAAAUAUCGACGAACACCUUAACGUCUAUAUCAGAUCUUUUGCGUACAUUUUCGUUUACAGAUCACAUCGAACCCGUUUCCAUCGCGAUGCAAGGUGGAAAAUUAAAGGUGCUUUACAACUCCGUAGACUCGUAUUACUCGCUAAACCGAAUAAAAGAUGUUUCAUUACUGUGUUUGUUUACGGCGGGAAAGCAAAGAAUUGCUUUAUCGUACUGCCAUUAAUCUGUAAACGUUUGCUUGAUUUACUCGCCGGAUUCGUCGAUCUGUGUUGACCAGUGAUCGAAUAAUUCCACGUAAUCUCUGAUAAUCCGGUGUUUUCCUACCGUAAGCAAUAAACAGACACAGGGGUAGAUAACUUACGUUAUCGAAGUAGAGAAUCGCUGUUUACUUUGAAAGGAUCGACGAGCAGAUCCACGUUAGCCAUGGUUUAUUCGGUUCAAUAAUUGUGGGAAACCUACGAAGCUUCUUUUCUCUAGU